CAAUACACCCCCAUAUUGUUUAUAAAAGCAAUAAAACAAACAAAAUCUGUUUUCUGACUCAUUAGCCAAUAAACGCUCUGGAUUUGACACUGGGCAAAAACAGUGUCGAAUCCUCUGAUCUGAUUGGACCACGUGCGUUAAGUCCCGCCUUCUUCCGGAUUCCUCCGCGGUUCUCUCUUCCCAUUUGUCGAGCUGCGUGGAGAGCCGAACAACAAACAAGAUAGGGUGAAGACCGUCGGGAUGGAUGCAGCUACCUUGACGUAUGACACACUUCGUUUUGGAGAGUUUGAAGAUUUUCCUGACACCCCGGAGCCCGUGUGGAUCCUGGGGAAAGAAUACAGUGCGCUUACAGAGAGAGAGCAGCUCCUGUCAGACGUCGCGUCACGCCUCUGGUUCACAUACAGGAAAAACUUCCCACCCAUUGGGGGGACCGGACCCACGUCAGACACAGGAUGGGGGUGCAUGUUACGGUGCGGACAGAUGAUCCUGGCAGAGGCGCUCAUGUGCAGACACUUGGGCAGAGACUGGAGGUGGGCGAGAGGCCGGAGACAAAGAGAGGAGUACGUCAGCAUUCUGAACGCCUUCAUUGACAAAAAAGAUAGCUACUACUCCAUCCAUCAAAUUGCCCAAAUGGGAGUGGGAGAAGGAAAGCCUAUAGGACAGUGGUACGGACCAAACACAGUCGCCCAGGUCCUGAAGAAGCUGGCCGUGUUUGACACAUGGAGCAGGCUAGCGGUUCACGUGGCGAUGGACAACACCGUCAUCAUCGAGGAGAUCAAGCGCCUUUGCAUGCCGUGGCUGGACAUCGGGGAUCGGGAGGAGGCGGGGGAGCUCAACGGCUGCCUGGAGGGAGCGUGUGCGCUGGUGGAGGAGGAGACGGCGCUCUGGAAGCCUCUGGUUCUGCUCAUCCCGCUCAGGCUGGGCCUGAGCGACAUAAACGAAGCGUACAUCGACACCCUCAAGCAAUGCUUCAUGCUGCCUCAGUCCCUUGGUGUCAUUGGAGGAAAGCCCAACAGUGCCCAUUACUUCAUCGGUUAUGUCGGAGAGGAACUCAUUUAUCUGGACCCUCACACCACGCAGCCGGCCGUGGAGCCCAGCGAAGACGGUCAGGUCCCCGAUGAGACGUACCACUGCCAGCACCCGCCCUGUCGCAUGCACAUCUGCGAGCUGGACCCGUCCAUCGCAGCGGGCUUCUUCUGCAGAACAGAGGAUGAGUUUGAUGACUGGUGUAUGCGCAUUAGAGGGCUGUCCUGCAAGAGAGGAGGUCUGCCAAUGUUUGAGCUGGUGGACAGCCAGCCCACUCACAUGGUCAGCGUGGAUGCCCUUAACCUUACUCCUGAUUUCUCAGACUCGGACAGGUUGGAGCGUUUUUUUGACUCGGAGGAUGAGGAGUUUGAGAUCUUGUCCCUGUGAAGGAGUGCAAUGAACAGGACUUGGACUCUUUUUGAAGAGAUAAUGGCUUGUUGGAGACCUCUUGGGGCAGUCCAGCUGCAGUGGGGGGGGGGUCGGUGUGUGCUCCACAGCGUUCGGCUCCUCUGAACUCCUCUCUGUUUCGGACAUCAGCGCCGCCCGCUGGGAGCUGUGGCAGGAGCUCAGGAGGAGGCUUUUCUGCACAUCCUCACGCGCAUUUCCACUCUGUCCAUGUUCGUUCUAAUGUGAAACGGUGCCUUCCCCUAACUCCGCCAGUGGACCCCACCCUGACUGAUGCCGCGCAGAAGCAGCACAUCACGGCUUACCCAGAUUCUACCAAGAACUGUGGCUUUUAUCGAACCAAAUCACAAGUUUAUUUACCAAAAUAACAAAGAAAACCCUAAGGGGAUUACAAUCUGA